GUCACCAAAAGCAGGAGCUGUGACAAUCUCCAGCUCCCCCCUCAUUUGUCAUUGUCGCCCAGUGCUGGGAACUCACACCAGCAUGUAGAGGAGUGAAGGGAGCAGAUGGACUGACGUGAGCACUGGGGCGGGGAGCAGGCGUGCCGUAGCUUCACUUGUGCUGUGCUGGCUCUGUCCACUUAUGUGCUGGUGCUGAACUCUGGCCCCUCGCCUGCUGCAUCUCCUGCCCUGUACCCGGCCACUGCUGUCCCUCAUCCAUCGCCUUCUGACCACUGGGGAUCUAACUCUCUCACUGCUCUGGAUAUCGCUGUUUGCACUUGCUGGAGCUUUCUUCCUGGUACAGAAGUCUUGGGAUUUUUUUUUUGUCUCUGUUUGUGGAUUAAUUGGAAUUACUCUGAAGAUCCAGGAGAGUCCUCCCAGAGCAGAACAAGAUGUCGAGCUGGCACACAACUAUCUUUUGCUUGGGAUUUUUUAUCCUGCUAGUUCAAGGAAGAGCAGUAAAGGAGGAGUAUGGAAAUAAGUCCUUUCCACCAUACAUACGACUGAGGCACAAGCAAGACAGAAAUCAUGAAGUCACAAGGAAUAAAGGUUACUUUGGUCCAGAGGAUGGGCGUGGAUCUUGUGAAAAUAAGUAUUGUGGUCUUGGGAGGCACUGUGUGAUUAACCAACAGACUGGACAAGCAGAAUGUGCGUGCAUGGAGCACUGUAAACCGCAUUACAAGCCAGUUUGUGGUUCAGACGGAGAAUUCUAUGAAAAUCAUUGUGAAGUACACCGAGCUGCUUGCCAGAAAAAGCAAAAGAUUAUCAUGGUACACAAUGAAGACUGUUUUUUUAAAGGGAACAAGUGUAAAGCCACUGAAUAUAGCAGGAUGAAGAAUGCAUUACUGGAGUCACAGAACCAGAGAUAUGUCAAAAAGGAAAAUGAGAAGGAAAAUAUGGACCAAUUUGGACUUAAAAAAGCUUUAGUUGACCAAAUGUUUAAAUACUUUGAUGAAGAUAGCAAUGGAUUAGUGGACACUAAUGAAUUAUCUCAGGUGAUGAGGCAGGAAGGUUUUGGAAAGAAUUUGUAUGAAUGUUCCUUAUUUGAUCUAAUAAAAUUUGAUGAUUUCAAUGGUGAUAAACAUUUAUCCCUGGAUGAAUUCUACCGAGCAUUCCGAAUUGUUCAGUUAAUCCUUCCAGAAGAUCAGAAACUGAGCUUCACCACAGUAACAGUUGGACAAAGUCUUGUAUUGAUCUGUGGGAUACAAGGAAAUAUGAGGCCACCUAUUGUUUGGAAACGUAACAAUGUUAUUUUGAACACAUUGGAUUUGGAAGACAUCAAUGAUUUUGGAGAUGACGGAUCCUUAUACAUUACCAAGGCUACCACAACCCACAUGGGGAAUUACAGCUGUCAUGCUGAUGGCUAUGAUAAGCUUUAUCAAACCCAUAUCCUCCAAGUGAAUGUUCCACCUGUCAUUCGAGUCUAUCCAGAAAGCCAGGCCAGAGAGCCGGGUGUUACUGCAAGUCUUAGAUGCCAUGCUGAUGGAAUCCCUCAGCCCCAACUAAGCUGGCUCAAGAAUGGAAUAGACAUUACAACAAAAUUAUCCAAGCAGCUAACAUUACAAGCAAAUGGCAGUGAAGUGCACAUCAGCAAUGUGCGCUAUGAAGAUACUGGCGCAUAUACAUGCAUUGCUAAGAAUGCAGCUGGAGUAGAUGAAGAUAUUUCUUCCCUUUUUGUGGAAGACUCAGCCAGAAAGACACGUCUUGGAAUUGGAAACCUAUUCUAUGUAUUUAAUGAAGAUGGUAUCAAAGUAAUCCAACCUGUAGAAUGUGAAUAUCAGAGACAUAUUAGGACCACCGAAAAGAUUUUUGGAACCCAGGAUGAAGUUUGUCCUAAGUUAGAAGGACAUGAAACUCAAAGAUGUAUUUGGGCCUCUGCUGUUAUAGUGAAGGAUAAAUUCAUAUAUGCAGCCCAGCCUAUGCUAAAUAGAAUUAUCCUUGUUGAUAUCCAGGCUCAGAAAGUUGUACAGGCAGUAAACACAGAUCCUGUUCCUGUGAAACUACAUUAUGAUAAGUCACAUGACCAAGUCUGGGUUCUCAGCUGGGGUACCAUGGAAAAGUCCUCCUCAACAUUACAGGUCGUAACCCAAGCAAGUGGAAGCGUUUCACAUCAUACCAUCCAUACUCAGCCAGUCGGAAAGCAUUUUGACAGAGUGGACGACUUCUUCAUACCUAGCACAACAUUGAUUAUCAAUCAUAUCAGGUUUGGGUUUAUCCUUCAUAAAGAUGAGCAAGCUCUUCUGAAAAUUGAUUUGGAGACAAUGUCUUAUAUCAAGACAGUAAGCUUAAAAGACUAUAAUUGCAUCCCUCAGUCUUUGGCCUACACUCACCUCGGUGGAUAUUACUUUAUCCAGUGUAAGCCUGAUACAACUGGAGCAAUUCUUCCUCAAGUAAUAGUUGACGGUGUAACUGAUGCUGUUAUUGGAUACAACAAAGAUGUGACUGGUACUCCUUAUGUCUCUCCUGAUGGCCACUACCUUGUCAGCAUUGAUGAUAUAAAAGGAGUCAUGAGUGUACAGCUAAUAACCAUUCAAGGAGAAAUCCAGGACUUAUUUGACAUUCAUACCAAUUUGCAUAUAUCUGAUGUGGCCUUUCAAUCAUCAUUCAUAGAAGCUCAUCAAUACAAUGUCUAUGCAAGCUCCAGUACGCAAACUGAUGUACUUUUUGUAGAGCUCUCAUCGGGAAAAGUGAAAAUGAUAAAGAGCCUUAAAGAACCAAUGAAACUAGAAGAGUGGCCAUGGAGCUCAAAAAAUCGACUUAUUAUUGAGAGUGGCCUCUUUGGACAGUACUUAAUGACACCUUCUAAGGAAUCACUGUUUAUUCUAGAUGGGCGACUCAACAAAUUAAACUGUGAGAUUACUGAAGUUGUAAGAGGCAACACAAUUGUUUGGUUUGGGGAGGCAUAAAAUUAGUUUACACACCUACAGUUUUUUUUUUUUUUUUGUUAAUAUUAAAAUGAUGAAUUUCUUUCCACUGUUCAGCUUUUGCAAAUUUAAGUAUUUUAAAAUAAUUUUGCAGAGCCCAGGAUUUUAUUUUAUUUUUCAUAUUUUCAUGGGUUGAACUAAAUUGUUUACUGAAUAAAAUUGUACAAUUAUAUAACUUUUUAUAGUUUUCAUAAAAUGAUGUUUAAAAUAACAAAAACAAAGAAAACUACGUGAAGAAAAGUGGGGAAAAUAACAAUGUAACUUUUUUAGUUAAUGUUUAUGGUUCACAAGUCAAAAGAGGCACAGCCCACCACCCCAUUUGUUUGUUUUUUGUUUUAUAAGAGCCACAUUCUGUCCCCUCUAUUUGUUUGUGCCUUGGGUGGAAUAUUUUAUACGAAACACAUAAAAAUAUAUAAAAUAACGAACUGUAAGCAUUUGGGAACAUGUUGUGAGAAAGAAAAUACAUUCAUAAUACGUCUUGUGAAUUGUCAAUUAGGCUGAAACAUUUCAUGUAUCAUACUUGUCAUAUUGUAUCAUGCCCUUUAAGUCCUGGAUUAUAGUUUGAAGUACUGUUGGCAACAAUCAUAGUCUUCAAAAAAUAUAUUUUUCCACCAUUUAUGUAUCAGGGACUGAUUUCAGCUAUAACAUUGUAUUUCUAUUAAUGAGUAUAAUGUGGUGAAAGAGAUUAUGAUAGGAUUUUGCUGUUGCUGUCAAUAUAUUUUGACUGAUUUACAGUACUUGUGUAGUCUAUAGUGCAUGGAUUAUUCAUAAAAAUAUAUUUUGUCUUUUUUUUUCUUAAAUAAUAGAUUCAACAGAUUUUUUUAAUUAAAAAUGUUAUUCAUUGCCUUGAAAUAUAAUGGCAUAUUAUAUUAUUUGGAAUUAAUGCAAAAUAAUACAAAUUUAUCACAACUAAACAUAUUGAUGCAAUUAUAAACAAUAAUAAUCCUACAAUAAGGCUAUUGUUCACACAGCGUUUUUCCUUGACAAUUUUUGCAGCAUAUGAUAAUUUUGACAUAUUGAAAAAAUAUGGUAAAUUUUUUACAACAGUUUUUUAUCAGACGCAUUUUUGAGUUUGUCAAUAUUUUUACUUAUCUUACAUUUUAGCUAUUGUUUAAAAUUUUAGGUGCUUCUUUUAACACUAUUACACUUCUAUGUAACACCAUGCAAACACCUGACCCCCCCUCCCUUCUCCCCCGCCGACCAAUUAGCCACACCUACAUAAGUCAGAACUCUAGUUCCUUCUAUCCUUUUUCACACACGGGGGCGGAGGGGGGGGGAAUUGAUUUUUGAAAUUGAUGAUUUACAGUUGUGAAAAAAAUAUGGGAGCAAUGAAAAAAAAGUGGUCUGCAAAUAAGUAGUAUUUGUCUUAUUUUUACAAACGGGAAAAGUACAACAGUUUCUGAACACUUUGUGCAUGGCAUUUCGCUUUCCCAUAGACUUGUUCAGAGCACAUACAUUUUUCAAAAACAGUAAUGCAAAUUUUCAGCAAUUGUACAGACACAUUUUUUAUUAAAAGAUGACUGAAAAUACACUGUGUGGACAUAGCCUAAUGCUUUUAUUUAUUAUUUAAUAUUUAAUUCAAGAUUAUGAACCAAUCUUUCUGCACUGCUUCAAUUUCUGUUUCUAAUUUUACAUUUCUUUUGGAUUUUUUUGUUCAAAGAAAUGCAAAGAUAAAAUACUAACUUUGUUACUGUAUUUCUCAAAUUUGUAUUCACACUUUUUUGGAAAUAUAUGUAUGCAUAUUAGCAGUUAGAUUUCCCUCAUUUUUUUUUCUUAAAGGAGUAUGAUUUAGAAAAGUAUGAAGCUUUUACAUAUGAUUCUUGUUAUUUCAAGAUUCACACCAGGUUUUGGCUAUAAUAAAUGAAGAACCACCCUGCAUUUGCAAUUUAUAUCAUGAAUAUAUUUUGAGUGGAACCCCCUCUGACGUAUAGUUGCCCAAAUUUGAAGAUGCCUUUUCUUCAUGAGACAAUUCUUUCAACCUUUAAUUUCUGAAUUUAACAUAGAGGCUAUGGAUUACCCUUAGUUAUGGGCAAAAAGCCCUGCCCUAAAUCCGAAAUGGCCAGUUUACCCCUGUAAGGAAGUGGAAUAUAUAAUCAAUGAUACUUCAUGUUUUUAAAGCAUAAUAGUAUAAGUAGUUGAGGUGAAAUAAUGUGGGUGUGGAGUAAAAAUAAAGAUUAUGGUAAAAAUAAUGGAUGGAGGCACAGUUGUAUGUCAAAUAUAGCUAUUAUAGAAUUAAUGAACAAUCUACUGGAUAAGAAUGUUAUGGUAACUUAAACUAUUUAAAAAAAAUCCCGUUUUAGUUUUAACAAUAACAUCCUAUUAUGACUUAUAGACACUAGGGAGUGAAAUAGUGCACAGAUUCAAAAUGCUGUAGAAUGAUGAAAGUAGGUCUAAAAUGUGUUUUCUAAAUCUCUCCUGGACCAUAGGUUCAUUUGGGCUAAAAUAUGUGUUAGCAUUAUUUAAUACAGAAUUACUUUUCUUUUUGUUCUUAAAUGUAUUUCCUUUUUCUGAGACUACCAUUGUGAAAUAAAGCCUUGUAAUCCUAGUAAAAUCUGUAUGAACUAGUCAGUCUCUUUUACAUCUUAGUUAUAUAACUGUAAUAAAUGCUUGGAAGAGAAUAAACUCUAAUAUUGCAAACACUG